ACUGAGUGCGCGUAAUGCCGGUCUCAUGGUGUAAAAGUGCCUGAAUACUCGCUUUAACAUCGUUGUGCCACCUGGGAGCGGUAAACGCACCGAUAUUGCACUCAACGAACGGCGGUGACGCACAAGCUUCACGACUGAACUGGAUCAGACAGACUCUGCCGUGUCCACUUGUCACUUUUAGCUGUUUCCGUUACCCUCACCGCACUCGGUCAUCCAUCUCAGCUUUAUAAAGUUGACUCGUUUUUAUUUAGUUCCCUACAGCGAACGUGUGCGUCCAAGCGCCGAGUAAAAAGGAGAGGCAUGUGAAGUUUCUGUCACUGUCAGCACAGAUGGAGAACUCGGUGGAAGAUGAGUGCGCUGAUUCGGGAGCGGAGACUGGAGGCUUUGAACCAUGAAAAGAUGCAUCCUGGUUUGUUUAUAGGUCUGACUACAGUCUUAUGUCGUCAGCAAGCAGUGAUUUGUCCAUGGGGGACCAGCAAGACCCUUUCCUAGUUUCUAUCCACAUCAUCACUGACCCAGGUCAGGCCAAAACACUCCAGCAAGCUGCGGAUCAGGUUCUGUCUUGGCUUCACCCAGACCUCACCCUCUUCAGGGUAUCGGAGCGGGCAGGAGGUUUCUCUCGAAAGCACAAAAUCCGCCUACAGCACGUCAAUGAACUGCCAUCACUUCAGCCAGCCUUGGCCAUCAUCCUGUUUCUACAAGAUGAAUAUGGAGGUGAAGAAAGUCUAGAGCGUCUCCACAGUCAGCUGAGAUGCCCGCCAUGGAGAUACCACCACACAGAGCGGGUGAAUGGCCGAGGGCUUUUACCACUUUCUGCAGCCAGUCAGGACUUUGUCACGCUGGCACCAGGCACGCCUCUAUGGGCACUUCGCCAGGUGCAUUAUGGCAAAGAAAUUGCACGUUUUACGGUCUACUGCCACUAUGAGACCUACACUGAGCAGGUGCGUCUCUAUAGGCUGCUGCUACGCCGAAAGCUGGCCCAGAAGAAGGAGGAUUUCAGUUUCUGCGUGGUUUACUCUAACCCUGAGACAGAAAUACAGCUGUCAUUCAAGCGGAUGCCCCGCGGCCAGAGUCCAGCUCCAACUGAAAAUGCUGUGAUGGAGAUUCGAGUAAGAGACGUGGGUGAACUUGUGCCGCUGCUACCAAGGCCCUGCACACCAAUUAGUGACGUCCGCUGGCAAACCAGUGAUUAUGACGGGAAUAAAAUACUGCUACAGGUUCAAGGUUCACGGUGUUUCCGCAAGCACACCAUUGCAAAGUUCUAUCAUCUUCCAUCUGAUGAUCCUUCGGUGACCUGCCCUCCUCCACCUGAGCCUCCUCCACCUCCUCCACCAUAUGGCCGCGGACCCGCUUCCUACCGUAAUCGCAGAUACCACCGAAACUCCUCGCGCUUGCGCUCUCAGACACUUCCCUCUCCGGGAUCUCAUUCUUCUAGGAUGGCUCCGCCGGUGCUGUGUGAGCAGGACGUCCACAUGGAGCGUCUACAGAAGGAUGUGGAGCUGUUACGGGCCGGAUGGGCAAGUCACCGCACACAGUCCCUUUUUUCUCUGCACACAGAUGAGUCCCGCUCCUCCUGUGCCUCCCCGUUAGGCUUUCGUCCUCGCUGCUUCUCAUCUAUGGCAGCUCCACUCUUUCGUGUCAAUGUCGAUACACUGGUAGGAGCUGAAGAGACAGAUGUGGACACAGGACAAACCAUCAGCGGCAGCUCUGUGGACCUUUCAGUGGUUUCAGGUUAUACCCAACCAAAGCUGAGGCCUCAUUUAAAGGCCCCGGCACCACGGCCCAAAUCUGCUCCUCCAACAGAUACAGGUCCUGACUUUGCUGACCUUAUGUAUAAUAACUCCUGCUACAUGAGACAGACUCCUGCUCCUCCUAGAGCACAAAGCAUCUCUACAAAAUUCACACCUUGUGUAUUAAACAAACCAAAGCCAAAUAGUGUUUGUGUUUCACAGCCAGACAGAGGACAGCACAAAAGCAAUGGCUUUACACCAAUGGAUGAGUGUAGUCAAGAAGGCACUGUGGAGGAUGAGCAAGAGUUUUAUAUCUGACCUGUGCAGGACACUGUAUGUGUCUCUUUUUUUCCCGCUGAGCACAAAAGAGGAUAUUUUGAUGUUGUUAACCAAAUCAUUGUUGGUCCCCUAGACUUAAAGGUUACCAACAUUCUUCAAAACAUCGUAUUUUAUGUUCAUCCGAAAAUAAGAAACAUAUAAGUUUGUAACAAUUAGAGUGAGUAUAUGCUUAGUAAGUUUAGAUUUUUAGAUGAACCAUCCUUUAAGUUUUGUUGUUCUAACAAGCUUGUUUUAUUAGCAACAGGUCAUGUUUGAAAAGUGCAUUCAUAAUGAAUGUUUAUUUGUUACAUGUUGUGGUAUUUUGUAGUGUUUCAUAAUAGCUAUAAUAACAUAUGAGCGCCAUUGCUUGUCGAGAUCUCAAUGAUGAAUAAAGCCCUGCCACCUUGUGGCUGAAUAUGGCAGUUACACUGGUGCACGUCACUUGUAUCAGCCAGUCACAGGGUGUAUUAGCGAAAAUAUUUACUUCACUGCAAUUUCACCUUUUGUUCUGUACAGUGUAAAUGUGUAUUUGUUUGUUGUUGAACUAAAUGUAAUGUUCUAUGAUCACACAUUUUAAAUUAUAUGUAAAUAUUUAGUUUUACCAUUCUGUUUGUGAUAUUUCAUAGAAUGACUUCUUCUGAUAGGAAAAUAAUUAAGAAAUAUUUUUUAAAUGGCUGCGUUUACAAUAUAUAUAUAUAUAUAGUGUGUGUGUGUGUGUGUGUGUGUGUGUGUGUGUGUGUGUGUGUGUGUGCGUGCGUGCGUGCGUGCGUGCGUUUUAAUUACUUACUGAAGAUGUAAUGUUGUAAUAAAACCAAAUAAUUACUGUGGUUAUUAUAUAGGCUAGCAGAGCUGUUCCCUGGAGAAAAAGAAAUAAAAUGUGUAAAGCCCCAA